GUUCCCUACAGAGGUUUGUGGUUUUAGUCUUGUGACAGCUGUUUAGGCUCUUCCCUCAGAAGAUGUGGUAGGAGGGGAGGGGCUGUGGGUGUGACGUAGUGGUACACUGUACCGCCCCUAACCGAGAGCGCUGCUAGGAUGAGAAGAUUCUGUGUGUAAGCGCCGGUUCGGCCCCUGAGCCCUCACUUCGCCAUGUACCGGAGUGGGGAGCAGGGCUCGGUAGCCCGGUGGGUUCCUGCAUCGUGCGACUGACCCGGCCUACAUAACAUCCCACUCCCAGGAAGCCGGGGUAGCAACAGGCUUGCCAGCUCACCCCUACUCGGUCCGCGGACAUGCCUGGCUCCGCGCUGCAGCUCCUCGUCUCUCAUGGGCGCCAAGCGCUGGGCCGCUGGCUCCACAGCCGGGACCUUCCUGAUAACCCGAUGUCCUCGGAGCCUGUAGGGGAGUCCGGCCAUGCCCAUUCCCCGCUGCUGCUGCAGGCAGACGGUGCUACUGGGGUGUGCUGGUGCCGGAGCGCUGUGCUGCUGUGCGCCCUGAGCGCUGUGUGCUGCGCUUCCCUAGCGAUGGGCCGGCACUACCUGAAGGAUGUGUUGCUAUGGCUGGAGAGUCUGGACAGCCUGGUGGGGAUGCUUCUCUUUAUCGUCGGAUUUAUCCUGGUCUCCUUGCCCUGCGUGUGGGGCUACAUCGUGCUCAACGUGGCUGCGGGCUACCUGUACGGCCUGGUGCUGGGGAUCGGGCUGGUCGUGGUCGGAGUUCUCAUCGGAACAUUCAUAGCCCACCUGCUGUGCAAAAAACUGCUCACCCACUGGGUGCUGGCCAAGAUACACACUAGCCACAAACUGGGAGCCGUCAUACGGGUUGUGGAGGGGGGCAGCGGGCUCAAAGUGGUGGCCCUGGCCAGGCUCACCCCCAUUCCCUUCGGCCUGCAGAAUGCAGUCUUUUCGAUUACAGACCUGUCACUACCCAACUAUCUAGCGGCUUCUUCAAUUGGGCUUUUUCCUACUCAGCUAUUAAAUUCCUACCUAGGAACGACAUUACGUACCAUAGAGGAUGUCAUUGCAGAGCAAAGUGUGAGCGGAUAUUUCAUCUUCAGCUUGCAGGUCAUUAUAAGCAUAGCACUUAUGUUUUAUGUCGUCCACCGAGCUCAAGUCGAACUGAACGCUGCCAUCAUAGCCUGUGAAAUGGAGUUCAAGACUUCUGGUAAAGGCACUCAGCUCAAUGGGGGCCCCUUCUGCAACAAAAGGACUUUGCUUUCUGUUGGUGGAAUUAACAUUGUAUGAUUCCCGUCAACACUCUUUUGGAUCAUCUAAGCCUUUGUCCAUUGCCAAGAUAAUGGGGUUCAUGCAAAGCUUUUUCUUCCUCGUCUUUGGAGACCCCCCUACACACAAUCUCUGAUCAACUCUGCAAAAAAAGAAAAUCCCACCGACAAGGACCCUGAUUGGAAUAGUUCAUACAUGCAAUUUUAUUUUGUGCCAUGGCAGAACCAGUGCACUUUUUCCUGUACAGACUGGGUCUUUUGUCUUGGCAUAUUUAUUUAUUACAGAAACAUAGAUAGAAUUACAGAAAUUGAAAACCUAAAAAAGCAAUUAUGUUUGUGAUUUGACAUUUUGUCAAAGAGUAUUGCUAGAGAUACCUAGACAGUGUUUUUUUUUUGUUUGUUUUUUUUAAUUUUUCUAAGAACCACCGGACUAUUUUCUUCUAAGGGACACCAUGGAAGCUUACACCCUACCAAGCGCAACCAAGUGCUCUUAAUCUAGUUCUUUUGUUGGGUUGAGCUCUCUAGAAUUCCAGAUCUGGGGGAGAAUAUCUUUAAAGCCAUCUUUACUUAUUAUGUGUGAGUUUUUAGGGAACCCAGUUUAAAGGAUCGCUUCCACUGUACGCGGCACGAUCAUUUAGCUCAGUGGAAACUACAGCAAAUUGAACCGUUUGCUCCAUUGUGAGAGUCUUUUCAUGUGGGGAUUUAAUGUUAGCCAUGCCUUUUGUGGGAAAUCAUCUUGGAAAAUUCAGAGGGGGUGAACCUAUAGAGAAGUGAAUUUAUUGUGUUCCCCUUGUUUUUUAUGCCUUGUAGUAGAGCAGACACAUGUUUUUUGCAGAGCAAAAGCGAGCAGGAAAUGGCUUUCUAAAUUGUAUGUCACCUAAACCGCAAUUAAACCAUUCCACCUGUGUGUGUUUUGAAUACUGGAAAGAACUCUUAUAAUGGAGCAAGGUGAGAUUUUAGCUAUAGUUUUCAAAUGCAUCUGACAAUAAGUUUGUGUUGCAGGGUACCGCAACACAGGGUACCGGCAUGGUAGGUGUUUCAGUCACUGCAGCCUUCUCAGGAAAAAUCAGUGCAAUCAAAAUGCCUAAAAUUGUAGGCAGCCACUUCUUGCUAUUAGGCUAGUGUCACUGGCGGAACAAACGGCAAUUCUCUGGAGCGUGCCUGCAGGCAGCCGUUGAUUUUUAAUAGCAAUCACCCCUUAACUAUGCACACAGGGUGGAUUACAGCUUUAUAAUAGCAAAAAUCCACCCUGUAUGAAUAGAUGACAGGUGGUUGCCAUUAAUGAUGGCUUCCAGCAAGUUUGGAGCACCUGUUGUGACAUUAACCUUAGAGGGCAUGGGAACUGGGCUGCCUGUGGUACAAGCCAAAGGAUGGGGAUUGAACUGCCUAUGGCACAAGGGGGACCCUUAGAGGGCAUGGAAAGAGCGUGCUAGGUACCUGUCUCUAAACAGUGCUUUGAGCUAUAGACCGGGCAUUUCCCAUACCACAUAAAUAGGCACAUUGAUGGCAGCAGUUUCUCCUGAGAUGAAAAAGUUUAUUGUGUCGGGGCCCCAAAAGUUAAGCUAUAACAACAAUUCUGUAUGUAAAAAUAUAUAUAUAUUUUUUAUAAAAGGGGACUUAAGAUGUAAUUAUGUACAUACAUCUACAAUACACGUGUGUGUAGAUUUUUGGAGAUAGAUUUAUCUCUGUGUUCUAAAUGCUGGACUGUCUGCAACCUGUUCUAUUGAGUGGCCUUUAACUUUGUAUGCUUAUUUAUUUUGCUUGUUGGUUCUUUUUUUAUUGAGCUUUAAAAUGACCAUGACCUACAGCCAGAUGCAUUGUUUGUAGUGCUUCAAAUGCUGCAUUGUACGCUGAUGCCUCUUUACAUUGCACACAGCUCUUUAGUAAGAAAAGCCUUUUAUUUGGAGGGAAAUAUAACAUAAGGGACUGAGGGUGGCUUAGCCGUUGUUUCCACUCAGGACAUUAAAAUGUGAACCCUAUGUGUGAGGGACUGGCUUUCAGCUCCUGCAAGGUGGCACACAUAGGGUGCAGAUUUAUCAGUGGUUGGGGUGACUUGUCAGGAUGGUUUUUCUGUAGUUAUAAUUUUUUCCUAAAUAUUUGUAAAGAUGUAAAAGAAACAUUAAGAGUUUCACCGCAGUCAGCUGGCAGUGUACCCCCUUUUUUCAUCAUGAGCCCAAUGAAUAGUGCUUGUGCUCAACAUACUUUUUGCCUAUUGUUUUUUUUUUUUUUUUCUAGCACGAAAGUAAAAAA